AAUAUUCACAGCUGUGUGCAAUAUGGCAUAGCCGAAUGAUGGCCUGCUGUGCAGAGGGUGGACAGCUAAAUCCUCCGUUGCAAAAAGCAGGUCCACACCGUUUGCUUAGUCGAUAGCUGGUAGGCUCGAGGCUAAGCCUCACCAUUCUAACGUUCCUCGAAGAUAGGAUCAUGCGUGGCCGGUAUUUCCUCUGGGCUAUGAUUUGUGCGACACUACUUCACCGUAUUGUCAAAGACUAUCAGCAGACCUUUUGCAACCACCACAAAGUCGGUCCUUGGCUGAUUCGGUGUUUAGCAGAAUCACAAAUUCAUGCAAAUUUGGCGAUGCACAAUAAACCCCUUGCAAAGCUAGGCACGGUAUUCCUCUCGGCCAUGACUUUUUCUGGUUUUCAUGACACAGCAGGUUCUCCUGUCUUUUGUAGCCUAUGUAUUUAAUGCGGGUCCGCCGCCUGAGAAAUGAGAAAAAUCUUA